CCAAGUUGUAGAGUGAAUGUGAAAAAAAACGAAAAAAUAAAUAUAUUUUAAGUUAAAUAAAUUGUGUGCUUAACCAACACCAUAAAAGUCAAUUAAGAGGCAGAUAUAUAAAAUAUAGAAUAUAGAAUUCUUUGAAAUUUUAUCUCAGUGCAAGCUUAAAAAGGAACGCUAGCAUAAAACAACAAAUAACAAAAAUUCGCGCGAAAUUUCAUUGUUGAAAUUGGAAGCGACAGUGGAUUUAAAUUACAACGGAGUCUACAAUUAAACCAAUGAGGAUAAAACGUGAAAGUCCCUGUUUGGCUCUCAGAUUCAUGCCUAUCAAAUUGCCUAACAACAACAACAACAAUGCAUCAACAAAUUCAAAUUGUGGUACAACAAACAUGAACAAAAGACAUUGUGAUGACUCGUCUUUAAUGCCCAGCGGCUCACGGAUACCUCUUUCGCGUAGCUGUUCUAGUCCUGCAGUAUCACAUGACAUUGAAACACAUCCAGCUUCACCCGUAUUUUCACAUCUGCUGCUCGGCAAUGGACGAGAUGCCAUCGAUCCAUCAAGUGUUGGUGCCAACUGUGUUCUAAAUGUAACAUGUCAGCCAUCAAAUACACAAACAAAACCAGGCGUGAAAUAUAAACAGAUACCUGCAAAUGACACACCACAUCAGAACAUUAAGCAAUAUUUUCAAGAGGCAUUUGAGUUUAUCGAGGAAGCCCGUAAAAAAGGUUCAACAGUAUUGUUGCAUUGUCAGGCGGGUAUAUCACGUUCAGCAACAAUUGCCAUUGCAUAUGUGAUGCGAUACAAAUCGCUUUCCCUACUUGAGGCGUAUCAGCUUGUGAAACUUGCACGUCCAAUAAUUUCACCUAAUUUAAAUUUCAUGGGUCAAUUGCUAGAAUUGGAACAGAGUCUCAUUGCUGAUGGUAAACUAAGGCCGCCACCGCCAUCCAUUCAAACAGUACCACCAACCGGACAACAUCCGUUUCUUAUUCAAGAGCCACACCAUACAAAAUCAUCGUCAACUCAACUACCAUUUCCACUAACACUUCCGAAUCGUAAUCGUAAGAAUUUAUUUAAUAAGAACAAGUUGACAUUACGAGUGCCCUGCAAUGAUGACAAUAAUAAUAGAAACAUGAUUAACUGUUUGCGAUCAUCAGAGUCGGGUAGUUCCGAUGAGGAUGUUGAAAUGACAUCGACGAAUUCAAGUCGCAUGAUCAUCAUUAAUGAAGUUGAUUGUGAGAAUGAGAAUUUAACGUCAAAUGGAAUCGGUAAUAAUAGCGAUGAUUGUUCAUCGCCAUCAUCGAUAUCAACAUCGAGUAGUCUAUCUUCAUCAUUAUCACCUUCAUCAUUGACAAAUUCACCAACUAGCCUCACGCCAGACGUAUCAAACACAUAUGCUUAAUUUCCAACAUUAUAUACGCCAUAAUUUUAUAUAUAAAAAUUAGGAUGAAUGAGAAAAGAUUUUUUUAAUUAUAAAGAAAAAAGUUUUAUUUAUUGCUGUGGUAGCUGAAUUUGGAUUGGCAAGCUGCUUAUCCAAUAAAAAAAAAGUCACAUAUUAGGAAGCAUACAUAAUCAUACAUUAAGAAUUCAUAUUUUUCAUUUGCUGAGAGAGAAAAAACUUUAAGAAUUAUGUUAAUUAAUGAAACAAAUUUUUCAGGGAUGUCAAAGGUCGAUAGACGUUUGUUGACUGGGAAGUUUUAAUCAAUUUUAUAAUUUUGUCGAUGUUUUCAAUUCAUUAGAAGACACAAAACUUUUAGCAGCUCAUUAAUUAGAAACUUCAAAGACUUUUAAAGAGAAAACAAUAGAAUUCGGAAAUUUUCCAGUCAGCAAUCGUCUAUCAUUAAACCCUGUUAAUUUUUUUUUAAUUGCCACCCCCACAAAAAAUAUAGCUUGUUUGUAAAAAAAAGGUUAAAAUUUUCAUUCUGUUUU